UUCUAUUCUGGGAUCUCACAUCAAAUUUCGAGGUCACUUAGGUCUACUCACUGAAUUUCUAGUUGCACCCAUUUGGUCAUUUAAACGACGAGUCUUUGAUCCGUGCACGAGAGUACCUACUAGUGAUUUGUCGAAUAAAACCCACACGAUCCAUCAGCCUUUAGUUAUGUUAUAGGUCUAGAGCUGUCUAUCUCUUAAGGUCCAAUUGACAAUGGUCAAGUUUCGCAAAGGAAGCAGCACGGAGGUGGGAAGAGGUGAAAAUGACUCUCCCUCAAGGGACAGUAUUGGAGGGAACAGUAUGGAUGAAGUAGACCUAGGCUGGGGUGGUGGUCUAGGAACCUUUUCCCGUGAUGGUCCUCUAGGAAAAGGGUUUGGAUCCUUUGAUGGUCAGGCUGAAGCAUCGGCUAGAGGAGAAUGUGAAGAUGAAUUUACGGUAGAGCAAGCUGUGGAGGCUAUAGGAUUUGGAUGGUAUCAGAUCAGAAUCUCAGCUUUGACAGGGUUCUGUUGGAUGGCUGAUGCAAUGGAGAUGAUGAUCUUGUCAAUCCUAUCUCCUAUUUUGAGAUGUGAAUGGAGAUUAAGUUCAUGGCAAGAAGCCCUUAUCACAACUGUUGUAUUCAUUGGUAUGUUCUUUAGCUCUACCGUCUGGGGUAUGAUCUGUGACAAAUUUGGGAGAAGAUCGGGCCUGAUUCUUGCCAGUGUGUGGAUCUUCUAUUUUGGAAUAGCGAGCAGUUUCGCCCCUACAUUCGGCUGGAUUCUUAUAUUGAGAGGUUUGGUUGGAGUAGGUGUUGGUGGAGUUCCUCAGUCGGUCACUUUGUAUUCUGAAUUUUUACCAUCCAAGGUCAGAGGACUGUGUGUUACAUUCAUUGAGAUCUUUUGGGCCCUUGGUACCAUCUUUGAGGUGUGCUUAGCUCUUAUAGUCAUGCCCACUCUAGGAUGGAACUAUCUUCUGUUAUUCUCAUCUAUUCCUAUGCUAAUCUUUAUCAUAUUAUGCAAGUGGUUACCAGAGAGUGCUAGAUACCAGGUGGCAUGUGGAAAUCAACAAAAGGCACAUGAAAUCCUCAAGACUGUUGCUCUAGCAAACAACAAACCCAUGCCACUUGGGAAACUACGAUGUGGAGAUGUGCAGAAACGUGGAUCAUACAAAGAUCUGUUCAGAACUAGAGAGUUAGGCAUCACAACAGGACUUUUACUCUUCAUUUGGUUUGCCAAUGCAUUCUCAUAUUAUGGUCUGGUUUUACUCAGUACUGAACUCUUUGCAUAUGGAGAUUCUUGCUCAGGUGGUAAUGAGAAGACAGCGGAAGGUGGUAUGGCAUGUUUUGAUGAAUGCAAGACACUCUCUACAGCUGAUUAUGUUUCUCUUCUUUGGACUACACUAGCUGAAUUACCAGGGCUUGUGAUUACCUUCUUACUCAUUGAGUCACUUGGACGGAAGAAGACAAUGGCUAUUGAAUUCCUGUGCUUUUCUCUCUUCACAUUCCUCAUAUUCAUGUGUACAUCGAGAACUGUAUUGACACUGUUCCUCUUUGCUGCAAGAGCGUUCAUCUCAGGGGGGUUCCAAGCAGCCUAUGUAUAUACCCCAGAGGUUUACCCAACUACCACUAGAGCUGUAGGUCUUGGUUGUUGUAGUGCUGCUGCUAGAAUAGGUGCUAUCAUCACGCCAUUUGUUGCACAGGUACUUCUUCCAGUCUCCAAGAACUUGACAGUAGGGGUCUAUGGAACUGUGUGUAUUUUUGGAGGAAUAGCAUGUCUCCUGCUUCCGAUAGAGACCAAAGGCAGAGCCAUGCAGGCAUCCAACCAACCUGAGUCCUCACAAUAAGUCAUAGUUCUAUGAAGAUUAUUAUCGUGGAAUUUCUACCCAGCAAAGAAGUUUAUCAUCAAAUCAACUUGAUUGUGGCCGCUAAAGCAGAAUUUAUAAGGUAAAAUCCUGACUGAAGCUGAAAUGCAUACAACUGAAUGCCUGCCCUUAUUUCAUAAAUUUUCACUAAUGUUAUUAUGUAUUAAGAAAUCAUGACAUUCCACUUUGGUUUUCACAAAAUCAAUUCCAGUACUGCACAACAUGUAACACUUGAGAUGUUUUUUAUUUCAAAUUUUGCAGUGAAAAGCUAAAAAGGGGUUGCUUCUCAACCCUUGCAGUAGCCACUCUGAAUAUUUUUUGUUUGUUAAUUUUCUAAAACAAUACACAAUUCUUGUAAAGUACAACAAUGUGAAUUCUAUAUGGACAUGCUCCAUUUUACCAUGGUACCAUCCAAACUAUGACUCGAGAAUACUAAGCUGACAAAAAUUGAACACCUUUUUUUUAUGAGCAAGAUACAACAUGAUUGCAUCUAUUUUCCAAAACCUGAAUUGCUAAAAUUGCUUCUGUUUUGGUUUGUAAAAUCGCUCUAUGGCGGAGGCAUCAUCUAGUCCAUCUAGUUACUUCUUCAUUUUGUUUUUAAACUCUGCAAAUGUAUUCACUUUUUCAGGUUGGUAAUUCAUAUCAAUGGUAGCUAAAGCAUGUUAAUUUUGACUGUAAGCUUUAAUAUUCUUAGAAUUUAAAUUUGAAUUGAGAGCAAAAAUGAGACAGUUUCCUGGGUAGCUUCUGUAUUGUAGCUUGCAAGACAAAGGUUCUUGCUCUUGAAAAUAUGGCUGAAGGAAAACACUACAUUUCGGGUCUCUCCAGAACUAACGAUUCACUUCAUCUUGAGUAUCAAAAUAUUAAAUGUACUGAAUUAUGGCUGAAGAUUUAAAGAGCUACUGUGAGAUAAAACAUAUUUUUAACUGUAGCAGACAUCUUUAAUUGAUAAGCCAACAAAACUAUGCACGCGUACACGUGCGCAAAAAAAUUUAAAAAAAUAAAAAUAAAAAUUGACCGCCAGAAGAUUCGAUGGGAUUUUGUGUGUAAUUUGCCCGUCAAUAUUAAUAAACAAUUAACUAAUAGACAAGAUAUAUGCCUGAUCAGAAAAGUCAAUGGACGAAAUGCGUGUCAAACUAGCUGACAAGAUGUAGAGCAAACAUCCCGGUAUUUUUGUAAUUUUCAUUGUGCAUCUAUUACGCGUAUGAGAACCUGCGCACUUUGUGUGCACUCUAUUGUGACGUAAUAAUCACACCAAAGGCACACUGUUUGCAGUGUAUCAAAAAUGUUGUCAAGCACUGGAUGCACAAUGCUGGUUUGAAAUGUUAUUGCAACUUUUCAUGCUAGGAAACCCUGUCCAGUGUAGGCUACUGUAUUUUACAUAAUGUAUUAAAGAGUAAGAUAGUAAGAGUUUCUUGUUUGCUCUAGAUGUCUGAUGUAGUUAAUAAUAGUAAUAUUGACUACCUAAUUCAGGGCAAUUCGACUUGUCAUAUAUCGCCCUUACCUUCAGUUCGGGCGAUAUAUGUUGUAUUGCCUUGAAGGCAGUCAAUAUUAUAGGAGAUCCCGGCAAAAUUCGCGAAAAAUAUUAUGUAAUUGACCAUCAAUUAGACUGCUAGAAGUACACCGUCGCGAUGUCAGAAAAUCAUGUUGCGCCAAAUCGGAUGACCAAAUAGCGAAAGAAGCACAGUUCAUUAAUUAAUUUAAAUGAAACAUAUAUAGAUUCUAACAAAAAAAAUUCAUAGAUUUGAAAACUAGAAAAAAGAAAAUAUACCUGACAGUACUAAAAUCACAGAAUUUGUACGGAAGAAAAAUGAAUUUCAAUGUCGAACUCACAAAUUUCGCCAGGAAAUCCUAUACUUUAAUAUGUUCCUUUUGACACAUAACUUUAUCCAUUUCCAUUAUUUAAAAAAACAAAAUAUCUCUUCCAGUAGAAACCAUAUCAGAAAGAAUAAUUUGUAAAAAGGUGAAAUUUCAUUUCAGAGGUCAAAGCAAGAUAUUUUCAUUUUUUGAUGAAAUAGAAAGAAAAAAAAUUAAAAAUAUGUAUGUUUAAUGGGACACCUUGCUCAGAAUCGCACUACUCUGUAUUAUCAAAAGCAAAAAAGGCAAUAAUAUGUGUAUUUUAGUUUAGGUUUGGUGAUAGUGUGCAUUUAAUAAGAGUGUUGUAACAGAUGUACUUAUAUUUGGUGUGUGUUUGUGUUUU